UAAAUGUAUUGGGUCUCUGUCCCUCUGAGCGACAGUAAACACCAUUUUGAAAUCUCUCUAUGGAUCCAAUGACCUCAGAGAAGUUUCCAAUAUCAGUCAUACUCUGUAUGAGAGGCAGACAGUAAAUUAUGACAAGAUGGUCAUCAAAUUAUCUAAUCCUCAAGAUGGCCAGUCAGUGGCACUUCAUCUCCCUCUUUUUAUUGGAGACACAGGAUAUACUACAUCUGAUGGAUCAAUAACAGUGUCUAAUACGUCACUCUCCAACAGCAGGCCAAUAGUUUGGCCAGUCAUCAAUGGGGCAUUCAAAGUUUUGGUGAAAUUGAAAGUUGGAGAAAAUGUGAUACAAUUCAUUCACGAGGCUCAGGUUUUAGUAGUGACAGUCAUAAGGUACCUCCCUGAGUUAGAUUAUUUUGUCCGUCCUGUGUAUAUUAUUUGCUGUGAUCAUGAUGGAACAUUUCAAGGCCCAGAAGAUGAGGACUGUUCAGUGCAGAGUGCCUUGGACCGCAUCAAACUGGCUUCUAUGCUUCUCCAAACAUUCACUGCAGAAAAAAUGAACGACCAUGGGUUUGGUCAUAAAACUUUCCUGCUGGAGACAGAUCAGGAUAGUGAACCUUUGUGCCAUAUCUUCAGAAGUCAGUUAACUUUGGAAAGAGCUCAUUCAAUGUCAGGACCGGAACUCUGGACACAUUUUGCAAAUGAAUUGAUGACUUCAAGUUUUCCAAAUAAGAAUAAUUGUAAAUGGUUCAGUUUCAUGUCUUUCACUAGAUUUCAUCUCCCAGAAAAUACAGAAUCUCCAAGAUCUCACUCUGAUGUUCUUAAGUACACAAAAGGACACACUGCUUUAGGUGGUGGCGGUUUGGCUUUGUUUGGAACAGGAAAUUUACAUACAUGGGCUAAAGAUGUUGAAGAGAUUUAUUCAAGAUUUACAGAUAAUCGUAAAAUUGACAGAACAAAAUUCAUGGAUGACAGCGCUUACAGGGAAUAUUAUUGGGCUAACUAUGCAACAGGACUAGGGGCGGCAUUACACGAGUUGGGACAUACAUUUGACCUGGCUCACACCCCUAGCGGAAUCAUGGCGCGAGGUUUUGAUGACAUCAAUAGAUUUUUUACUGUUCAGAGACACUUGUCUGAACAUGAAAAUAAACAGUUUUCAGGUGUGUGUGAGGAAAACAACCUCAAUGGAUUGAGCCAAAAUGAAGCACACAUCUUUAUAGGAAAUCUUAAAACCUAUUUUAACCCAGGUGAAAAACUGGAUGAUACUGCACAACCAUUGAUUAUAAACUUGGAAUCAAAAUUUAAACCAAUAGUGCCCUUCAGUUUGAAAUACAGCGUGCGGAAUUACAAUGGCACCUGGCAACACCAAAUAAUUACUGACCAAAUAAAAUCUGAGGUAGAUAAUGAUAUGCAUCCUGUAAAUAUUGGUGGAAUACUUGAAACACAGUGUCGAAAAGAUAAGUGCAGUUCCUGUUCUUUGACAUCUUUACAUGUAUCUAAUACACACUCCAAUAAAACAAGUUUUCAACAAGGAUUACUAUUCCAGCAGAAAUUACUCUCAGAUGGCGGCGCCCACUGGUAUAGGUCCUCUGCCGUUCUCCUAUUUCAUCACAAGUGGUUCAACAAACAGAAACCAGUAAACCAGAGAAAAGGGCCAGAAAUAAGAGGGAACAGUGUGACAUCCAGCAAUGGACUCUGUUUGAUUGAGAUGAGAUCUGAACCAAAGGGUGAAGUGUUUCAAUUUUGGGAAUUUGAACACAACAAUUACCCAAGAAGCUUUUAUCUAAGGACAGGAAAUAUUCCUGAAGGGGCCACGCAUAUAACUAUUUUUGCCAAAGACGAACAUGGGCUUACUUCUGAAAAGAAACUAAGCAUUCAAAAUGUUUCAAUAAUCUAGAAAAUAUUUGUCUAGCGCUUUCAAAAUAAGAGCGCAGCAUUGUAAGAAUACUACAGUUUAAGCUACUUAUCAUACAUUUAUGUCCAUUCAAAUUCUAAGAUACGUACAUGAUUAUAUUGU